AUGGGUAAUACUAAACCUCGUGCUACAAUCAUCCAUGAAUCUCCGAGCCUCCUUCGUACAUGGUGGAUGAACAAGAAUCUACAAUACGACGUUGCCAUGAGCAGCUUCAUCAUAAUAAUCAACAUCGUAGCGUUCGUGCGCGUGAUUACCUACAAGAUUCCCUUUUACAACGAUGAGAAUCAACUUCCUUUGAUUUUAGUCUUCGUUAUGUUCUACAUCCUUUCCGGCAUAGUUAGUUGCAACUUGUGGGUUCGUGCAAUUGAGGAUGUCAAUUCAUCUCAAGUAGCCUUAUACGUAGGACGCAUUUGUCACACCUUGGGCUUCUGUAUUUUCUUCGGACUCUUGUAUUGUAUUUCUCCGCAUUUGGCUCUACGCUUCGGUGUUCCUGGUUUGAUAUGGUUUGUAGCCGCCUUGGUUGCACCGUGUUGUUCCUCUUUUCCCUCUAUAAGGAGUGGUCUAUGCCAAAAGGUGCAAGAACUACGAUAUUGGUGGAAGCGUGUGAAUCAACCACGAUCGGUGGUUCUUAAAUCUUAA